AUGGCGGACGCGCCAAACAAAAUCACCAUCACUAUAUGUGGAGAUGGCGGAUGUGGAAAGUCUUCAAUCACCCUUCGAUUAGUGCGCAGCCAAUGGAUUCACGAGUACGAUCCUACUAUCGAAGAUUCAUAUUCGGUUACACGGACGGUGGAUGGCGUUCCCUACUUUUUAGCUAUCACCGAUACUGCUGGUCAGGAAGAAUAUCGCGGACUGUGGGCAGCAUCCAACCUAAAAUCAGACGCUUUCCUUCUCGUCUACGACAUUACCAAUGCUUCUAGUUUAAGCGCGUUGGAUUAUUUCAUGGAAAUGAUCGAUAUCGAGGCUGAACAACGGGUAGAAGACAACCAGCGCUUGCUGAAGGAACUGGGAGACAGCGCACAGGGCUUAGAAGUGGGCAUGCCUCCCCCCGUCAAGAUUAUCGCAGGAAACAAGUGCGACCUUAAAGAAGGACGGGCUGUCGGUGCCAAAGAAGGGCUGGAAUAUGCUCGGAAACAUGGUUGUGGUUUCAUGGAAACAAGUGCAAGAGAGAUGGUCAACAUCGAGGAAACAUUUGCCCUUUUAGUGCGUCGUGUGGUGGAGGCCCGUCAGCAGCAUUACCAGAAAGACAGACAAGCCGCCCAUGUACCACAAACUGUAGGGUCUUUGCCUGCAAAACGUUCCGCCGCUACCGAUCAAAAUAAAGGCGCUGCAUUGAAGUCAUUUAACGAAGGAUCACAUUCUCGGCCCUUCUGCUGUGGAAUAUUCAGUGGAAUGGAACGACGAAGUCAAGGCCAGCAACAAACAGAUGGGAACAAGGGCUCCGUAUCGUCAAAAUCAACUGCACCGCGCUUGUGGAGGCGUUUGAGUUGCUGGUAG